ACUUAAUUAUGUUGCCUGGACAAUAAGAAAAAUAAAUACACACACAACACACAAGCACACAACAUAUCUUGAUUGCUUUGUACAAACCCAGAUAGAAAAUCCCAUUUUAUACUCCUUCCCAUUACAAAAUCUUGGUCUUCCCCAGUUUCACACACAAAAACACACACACAAAAUCUUGGGUUGGAUCAAGAUGGAUUGGGGGAACGUGAGUGGAGAAGAUCUGAUCGAAGCUCUAAGGGAAGUGGAUUGGUCAUCACCACCUAGGCCCAUCAAUGAGUUCUUCUCAAGAUUCACUUUUCCAAGAUCUUAUGCUAAGUGGGCUAGUCGGCUCAAGUGUAAUCUCUAUUACUAUAGGACCAAUUAUUUCAUCAUGAUUGUGCUGAUUCUUGGCAUGGGGUUUCUGAGGAGGCCAGUUGCUAUUCUUGCUGCCCUAUUAACCGCUUUGACUAUUGCCUUGUUGAAUGAUAGCUUUGCAGGCACUUUUAGUGAAAAAGUAACAAGAACUGUAAGGCGGUUUUCUCCACACUUAGCUGCAAAAAUGAGGCCUCCACUCACACCUGUUAUUCGAGGCCGACCUUCCGCUAAAAGAGCAAUUUAUAUAUGUGGACGGCCUCGUCGAGUGUUUGUCUCUAUCUUCUCUGCUGCCAGUUCUCUACUUUGGUUCGUGUCAUGUGGCCUUUUAACUGUUUUAUGGGCUUUUGCCAUUGGCAUUCUUGCCACUGUGAUCCAUGCAAGUUUUAGAACACCCAACCUCAAAGCUCGUCUAAACACAUUUCGUGAAGAAUUCCGAGCAGUUUGGCGCAAUUAUAGUGAUAUAUAACUUGAUGGAUACUAAUGCAGUAGCGAAGGAUCAUGCUUUCUGUCAAUGCUUUAGUGAAUACCGUGCUUGCCUGGAUGUUAAAAUUCUGGAGUAACUAAGUGCCAGCUGGAUGCAGAUAUCGUUGCAUUCGGGAAUUAAAUUGCACUAGGACAUAGUUUUUC